UUAUUACCGCCAUACUUGCAGUAUCAUGACGUCACUCAUCUGUGUAUUUUUAACAUGUGGGAUGUCAAAACAAAAAUUCCUCAGUCGUGCAGGCUACUCAUAAUUGUUGAGGUGAAGAAAAAGUAGGAAAUAACAAAUAUUUUUAGUUCAGAGAAUGUAACUGAGUCUGCAGAAUGAAGUCUAAUAAUAUGUUUCGUGAUCACAUGAACUCUAUCUACAGUUGGUUUGAAAGUUGGAGUGAAUGUGAACAAACUGUAGCAUUAUAUUCUCUGUUAAUGAGAGCUACGACAACACAGUGUCGAUUCCUGUCACAAGUGCUAUCCCAGAGGAAUUAUAGUGAUAUCCUAGAGUUGGAGAAAGAAGCUAACCAAUCAGCUUAUAUUCACAAUUUGUGUAAUGAAAGUAAAGAAAGUGCUAUAUCUAAACUGUUGGCCCACUGGCCACUGCUUCAUACAGGUAACAAUGAUGCCAAAAAGGAAUACUUAAGACUGAUUCCUAUAAUCUUGUCAUAUUCAAAGGAAAAUGGAAGUCAUAUCGAAGACACUAGACAAUUAUUGUCAUAUUCAUUGAUUCAUCCAGCAUGCACUAGUGAGGAACGGUCACAGUUCACCAUGUGGAUCGGUCAGUUGGAGGAGAUAUUUACAUAUGGAAUCCAACAACAACAACAACAAAAUAGUGAAAAAUCUAGUGACACAAACUGUUGGCAAGAAAAACAUAGUGAAGAAAACCAUCAUACGCCUUUACAUGCUACCUAUUCUGCUCCUGCUAGAUAUCCUACAAAACCUCCAUUAACUCGUACUCAUGCACAAUUAACCAGAACAACAUCUUUAGUUCCUCCACCUUCCACAUUAAAUGUUUCUAUCAAUGAAUGGUUAUCAUCGAGUGACACACAGAUAAACCGUAUAGAGCAUGCCCCAUUAUCUCCACAAAGUAGUAUCACGUCAUCUGGUAGUAGUAGUGACACACAUCAGGAAGAUGGCCCACAACCUACUCGCAACAGUUUUCUGGAAGGUCGAAGUGGUAUGAGAGAUGUUCCCAUGUGGUUGAAGUCUUUACGGUUACACAAAUAUGCCUAUCUUUUCCAACAAAUGACAUACGAAGAAAUGAUGAAUUUGACAGAGGAAUGGCUGGAAACUCAGAAUGUUACCAAAGGUGCUAGAAACAAGAUUGUACUGAGUAUAACCAAGUUACAGGAAAGACAGGCUAGAUUGAGAGAUAUGGAAAAGGAAAUAAUGGAUGGUGCAUCUUUGAUAGAAGCUUUAAAUGAAAUGAAAUCCAUGUUAAACAGUCCUCUGAAAGGAUUUAAUCAACAAUCUGAAAGUGACAAUUCUAUAGCUGAAAAUGACAUUCCUUCCCAGUUUACAAGGACAAUGGGAAAAGUUUGUACACAGCUGUCUGUCUGUAGUCAGCCAGAUGACCAGAGUUGUAAUUUGUACAUGAUACUGAUUGAAAAAUGUAUCAACCAUGAAGCUUUCACUGACAAACAGAAGAAGUUACUUGCUUCAUGGAAAUUACAAUUGCAGAGAGUUUGGCAACCUCAAGGUUAUAGUAAAUAUGGUCAUGAUAGAAGAAAAAUAGGGUGGGGCAACACUUUCCCAAUGUCAACUAGAGGCGGAAUAGUGCAGAAACCAGUGAUUAGACUACAAAAAUCUGGACCCCAGUUUACUAUCGGUCCCAAAAGGUCUAUAGUAGGAGGAACAACCAGUGGACAUGCUCCAUUACAGAGAAACAGUUCAUUGAAUCCGGAUAUGUUCACACAGUCAUUCUUAUUAGAACAUGGAAAAACUCCUGUUACAAGAACUUAUUCAGCCCCAUUAAGAUCAGCAGCUAGUUAUGGACUUACCAUGUCAAAUUUCGAACAAUCAUCAACAGACACUGCAGAGAAUUAUGCUCAGUUGGACUCGCUGUGUCUUAGUGUGACUGAACAUGCCUUAGGCAGUUUAGAUAUGAAUGACAGAUGAUGGUGUGGAAUGGCAAUCUUUUAGCAGGGUAAAACAGGCCAGUGUUGAAAAGCUCCAGCUCAAACAGUGGUUAUAGACACCUGGUGCUUGCCAUAUUUGAUCACUUUGUGAUGUGUAUAUAUAUCAUUGCUGGAUAAACACAGUUUUAAAGUUAUUUUAACUGUUGUUAAACAACUUGUUAUAAUAUUAUUAUGGCCUGAAAUGUUUAAGAUGUGAAUGUUGCCAAAAAUUCAACAUAUAUAUAUGUCCCUUUUGUAAGGUUGUAUUGUGUAGAAAAUUGUCAUUGAUCUCAUGUGCCUUCCAAGUGAAACCAGUCUUUGUUAGAAAAUCAAAAUAUGCAUUGUUUACAAAACUGUCUAUUUUUACAUUUCUUACUUUUUAUCAUUCUGCUUUAUUGGUGCAAAACUAAAUCAUGAUUAAAAAAAAAUGUGCUUUAUACAUUGCUCAACCAUGAACUUAUGUUUGUAACGGCAUUUUGCAGUGUCAAUUUAGUCACAUAUUAAACCAUGUUGUGCCAUUUUUUGUUCAGUAAGGUCAUUGAAGUGUAUGAAAUUAGUAAUAAUUAAGUGAGGUUGGGUUCAUGUUUUGAGAAACACUAGAAAAAUAUGUACCAGCUUCUCACGAGACAGUGCCAUGUUAUUAGAUAGAGAGAAGACUCUUUUAUAUGUCAUUACGAUAAAACAUGUCAGGAAACUAUAUGUAGGUCUGAUUUACGUGUAGAUAAUUAUCAGGAUUUUGCACUAUGUGCCCAUGUAUUUAGUAGUAGAUGUAUAAAAAAAUAUAAUUACUACAGAUGAUAGAUGUACAGUAGUGGACGUAAUAGUCCUCUGAGAGGAUUGUCCAAUUAUUUUCUUUAAGUUAUAUUUAUGUUCAUGAUUUAUGUUUAUAGAAACCCUACAAAGCAUUAAAAAGCAAAUGUUCAGUGCGCUAAAGUGUAAAUGGGUUCUGAUGGAAACUUCUUUCUCUGUUUUUGACAAUUUAUAGUUCUAAAAAGCUAUUCAUAUUUAUUUAAUGCACUCCUUUUGAUUUAUAAAUUAAAUAUUUUAUGUAUGAAAAUAUUAUUUGGGUCACAUGACGAGGGAAAACAUGAAGAAAAAAGGUAUUUUUUGUUUAUUAUCUUUUCAAAAACAUUUGUAAUAAUUCGUAGAAAAAAAUUCUAUUAAAACACAAAAGAAGAAGAAAUAAAUGUCAUGCUUUUUGUAGGGUUACAAAAUGAACCUCAUCUCUGUUAUAAAGGGUACUUUUACAAAACAUAUAUAAACUAUGAUAAUUUAUUGAACUGCUGGAUCAGUUUAUAUAAUCAAGGCAGCUUUGUAUAUGUGUGCCUUGAUGGAAUGUUUGUAAUGCCGUACCAAUCAAAUUCAUUAUUUCUGGUACAUAUAUUUCUCAAAGAAAUCAUUGUAUGAAUCAUUUGAAUGUAAGUAUUAUAUAUAUACAAUUUUUUGUGACAAUUUAUACACCAGUAGUAUAGGUGAAGCACAAUUGAUUCUGAUGUCGUUAUCGUGGCAUCACAGAUGCUUUAUAUACCUCAUUGAUGGCUUUUGUUAUUGUAUAUCACCACAGCAGUAUUCUCUUGUCUUGAAUUUGUAUAUUAUUCUAGAAUUCUCUUUAUAUAAGAAAAUCUUUAAUGACAAUAGAGGUAAGAGUUCCUAUGACACAUAUGUGGUAUCCGGGGAUGGCACUCUGAAAAUUAUGCAUUAGUACAUUUGAGCGAUUUGACAUUUCUCAUGCAUUUUUUUUUAAAAGAGGUACUAUUCAUCAUAAAUUAAAACAAUUGAAAUCCAUCCCUGUGUGCUAUGUAUCUGAAAAGAGAACAGCAUCAACUGUCUUUGAAAAACCAAAGUAAUUGAUCAGAAGCAAUAUAAUUAUUGUUAUUUAAUUAAAAUUAAUAGUCGUCUCUGUUUCAAAAAAAUUUUUCGAAGGAAAAGUAAAUGAGAAUGGAAUCAUGAGUUUUGUUUUAAGGGUGUAUAUUUUUUUUUAUGUAUUUGUUUGUAUAGUUUUGUUCAUUAAUUAAAAAAAGACUUUACCAUUGCAGUUUUUAAAAGGGAUUUUUUUUUAAAGUUGGAACUUUCUUUAAGUACAGACCUACAUCUAAGAUGGGAAAUAUAAAAAUUAUUUGUUUAAUAUAUUUGGUACAUGACCUUACUAGUAAGAAAAAUACAUCUUUUCUGUUUAAGUUCUGCCUAAUUACUUGCUUGGUUUUUUUUGGGGGGGGGGUCACAAAUUCUUCUAUGGCCUUUUGUUUUGUUAUAUUAUUUGAACGAAAUUUAUCAUCCUGGUUCCUGUUGAACAGACUUGUAUUUUUACAAAACUCAAAGGUUGUAGUAAUUAAGUGUUCAAUUAUUUAUAGUGUCCUCAUUAUAUAGGACUUAACAGUAGUCCUGUGAGAGUGAAUGAAAUUUGUGUAGUUUUGAAAGAUUUCUUAAUAUUUUUUAGUGCUAAGAUUGUUGCAGAUUUCAAUGAAAUUGAAGCAUUAGGCCAUGUUUAAUUACUUUUUAGAUUUUUGGAGGCUUCAAUUUUUUAUUUUGUGUUGAUUUUCACUACUGGUAAUUGCUAGGAACAUUAUAUUUGAAAAUGUAAAGUAUGUGUUUGAAGACAAAAUUCUGGUGCGUGUGAAUCUAAAUCAAUUUUAUGUGGCCUUACUUUAUAGAUUAUUAUUAUAUGGCAACAUUAUUUCACAUCACAAGAAAUAAAAAGCAGUUGUAUCAUAUUUUAUUAAGUGUGUAUUCACAUUUUAAAAAUCCAAACAGGUUUUCAGUCUGUACCUGUACAAUAUUUAUAAAAAUCAAGUCUUGUAUACCAAUAAUAUUGAUGUAUUUGGCAGGUUCUUUAUUUUUAUAUCUGUUUACAAUAAUAUUGAUGGUAAUAUGCAUGCAGUUCAGAAAUCAUGGUAGUAGAUUUAAGAUUGUAAAAGACUUAUUUAUUAUUAUCCCUAUAUACAAUCACUUAUAGGCUCUAUAGUGGAUUUAGUUGCACACUAGAUCAGCGAUCUAGAUUUACUGGAACUUGCAAAAUUCAAAGCAUGCACCAAUUUAUUUACAUUACAAAUCUCUUUGUCAAAUUUAACUAUCAGAAUAUAGUAUUUUAUAUGAUAAAAUCUUUUUACAACAGUGUUAUACUAUAGAAAUAUUUUACAAUGUAUCAAGACUACUUUUACCCUGUUAAUGCAGGUAGUUUUCAUCUGAUGCCUGAGGCUUCUUGUACAAAUGUUUUGUUACAUUUUUCUCUUGUUAUAUUUAUCAGUUUAUUUCUGCAUCUUUAAUAGAGUAUGAUGGAACUUAAAUUUGAAAAUAUGUUCAAUAUAAUAACAAUGUGCAAUAUCUUAAUCAUUGCACCAUUCAGUGUUGGGUUUCAAGUUUUUUUGUGUGAAAAGAUUAAAAACAACAUGCUUUUAAAAAUGAAAAAGAAGGGAUAUUAGAUAUCAAUUUAUAGGACAGAAAUCCCUACACCCACUUGGUAAAAACCGAGAGCAAACUGCCUUCAUUAGUGUUCUUACUCUCAAUGUUUAAAUGAGGCCAAGAUCAAGACAGGCACUAGCUAUGCUAGAUGUUGAUAGGUUUAUACCUAAAAUAUUUAUCAUAGUUUGGGCUCAGAUUUUAUCAAUUGACUAAAUAAAGGAUAUACUCGUUUAACUUUGUUGUAACUUCCUCACAACUAUCAUAAUUUUGCAAUAUUGAUCUCUUGGCAUCCAUAUUUCACAGUGCUUAAUUUGUAAUAUGUAAUAUGAAUUUGUUGUGUUUGUUCAUAAGGUUCUGGAUAAAAAUAGUUUCGACAGUGCCAAAUAGUAAUUUUUCCAAAAAAAUGUUUAGCAACUGAAAAUUUUAAAGUUGUAAAAUUUUUCAUAGCUCAAUGCUGUAUUUUACCUGGUUCCCAGAUGUGUGAACUAUAAAGGUGCACUUAACCAAAGGGCAGGGCUGAGGGUAUUUGCAAGCUUAAUGUUUUUAUCAUAGACUAAUAGAGAUGCAGAAAUUAUGUUUGUUGAAUCUCUUUAUUGUUAAUCAUGUUUAGACGUUUAGACAAUUUGUUCGUUAAGAGUUGAAUAUGAUAAUUGUUUUCAGCAUCUGAAACCAAACUUAUUUUUUUCUUCAAUUAUUUUUGGCUUGAAAUGAUAUGGUAACAAUUUAAAUAUCACUUAUUAUCUUGUCAACAGUUUCAAAUUAAUGAUAUAAAAAUUAAGCAAAAUGUUUAUGUUUUGAUAUUGGAAAAAUUGUGAUCCUAUUAAGAAAGCAGUUUUCUUGUGUGAUUAUUGUCAAGUUUUAAUCCCUCCAUAAUAUACUACUAUGACACAUAUCUUCCUGUACUCAGUAUAGAAAUCAUUGCUCUUCUUUUUGUCAGACACCUUUUUGUGAGUAUGGGAACAAACAUUGCUUUUGUUAACAAAAUGAAUUUAAUGUUGCUAAAUCAAAUAAACAAGAUUUUCAUCUGCAUUGUUAAGAUAUCUGUGUAUUUUGUAACUUGAAGAUUACUAUUCUGAGUACUAAAGAGUAUGUUGCAAAAUGACCUAUUCUGUCAAUUUAAUUAAAGACUAGCAAACAAGCGAAGAAAAGAUACAAAAUCAGAAGCAUUAAUUUUUCAUUCAAAUUAAAAUGUAAAAACGUUCACCUAAUGUGUAAAGGAAAUACAAGGGAUCUGCUUGAGUGUCAAUUACAGAGAAAUUUACAAGUGUGUAGAUAUAUAUGUAGCCAAUGUGAUAUUAAAUUGUUUUGUAAAAUCAAGUAACUUUUUACAUAAAUCUUGAUAGUAGUCAUGAUUGUCACAUUAGAAUUUACAUGCAAAACAUCAAACUUAUUUUGGUAUUUGAGGGAAAUAAAUGAUUGAAAACA